AUGUCUACCAAACUUCUUGCUGAAGCUAUUGGAUCAUUCUUUCUUGCUUCAACAAUCGCGAUAACAGAUGUCGAACCUUUCUCAACAGGUGGCACAUAUUGGUGUGCUAUGAUCUUUACAGGCUUCGUUUCAGGAGCCCACUACAACCCAGCAAUUACUUUCGCUGUCAUGAUAAAAGACUGGAUGGAAGAUAAGCUUGACCAAGUUAAAGUAAAAGAAAACCUCUUAAUGAUGGUCUCUCAAUUUAUUGGUGCUCUUUUUGGAAUUUUGAUAGGCUGGGGGAUUUCUACAAGGACAAUUUACUUUGAAGUUGCAGAUGGUUACCAACAAACCGAAGGAUUUUUCUCUGAUUCUCCACAGUAAUAAACAAAUAUUCAAAAUUUUCUAAUAGUAAAUUUUCAUGAAUAUUGAAGUCAAAUAAAACGUUAAAAAUGCAAUUUUUGCAUUAUACUCAAUAAUCAGCAAAUUUGAUCUAUUCAUAUAAAUUUGCUAUUUAAAAAUUUUGCUAAAACUCCACCGGAUAAGCAAGAAUUUACUUAUUACUGGGGAGUGAGUUUAUUUUUACUGCAGUUUUGUGCGCAGACUUCAUCAUGGUUUCAAAGAUCACUGAUAAUAUUAUGAUAGGAUCGUCUGUAAUUGCUAUGGCUGUCACAUCCGGAGAAUGGGCUAUAGGGAAAAUUUCAAAAGGAUGCUUCAACCCUACAAUUUGUUUGGCAGCUAAUAUUGUCAAUUAUGCACACACUGGCUCCAAUUUUACAGAUACGUGGAUUUAUAUUUUGGCUCCUAUGAUUGCUGCAAUUUUUUCAGGGAUGACGGCGAAGAUGUUCUUGAGUGAGCUAGAUGAGCAGAAAAAGGCUAUAGAGGAAGCUGAAGAAAAGAGAUAAAGCAAUGCAAAUUAAAAUUAAUAUAAUGGUAUCAAGAUGAAUGAUAUAUUUUUUGAAUGCAUAUUAAGUAUUAAUAUUGUAAUAUAAUAUUAUAAUUCAGUCCCAUAAAGUAUAA